GUAGAUCGGCGAUGGGAAAAAGAACCCCACUGCAUCAGCGUAGGCAGCCAAUUGCACCGAAGAAAAAGCGUUUAGAAGGCGCUUCAGUUCUCCUUCUUUCAACCUCUGGUGCUGCAGGCAUUACGUCACAGGCGUCGGACCUUCCCCUCCACAACUUCGUGCAGCAGGCACCGGUUGUACAGGACACACCGGACUUUCAGCUUUUGAGUGGGCUUUGACUGCAUUGAUUCGAGCAAUCCAGAACCGUUUGACCAAACAGGGCAGAAGUGACGUCCUAGACCUGCCAGCCAAAGGUCCUGCUUUCCACCUUACAAAACUACAACCCCCCGUCUUGAUUCCUGGAUUGACUUGUUCUACUCGCAAAAAAGUCCAUAUCAUCAGCACAAGACAUAGGAUUGAUAGUACACCAGGCCAGAAUCUGCAAUGAGGAUUGCUAAAACGCUUUUCUCGUUGGGCCUUUUGGCCAACGCUGCCCUCGCCAGCUCUUGGUUUUCCACUGCUCCAUACAACAGAUGGCAUGAGACCGAGCUUGAGCGGUGGCUCUCGGACCAUGACGUCCCUUACCCGACCCCGGCCGACCGCAAGGAGCUCGAAAACCUUGUGCAGAAGAACUGGGAGACUAACGUUGCCGAGCCGUACCGCAAUUGGGACCAGGAGAAGCUCACUAGCUUUCUGAAGCAGAAGGGCAUUGACACCAAGGAGUCGGCCGAGGAUACACGGGAUUCCCUCAUCGACCGUGUCAAGAGUGUGUGGUACGAGUCGGAAGACAAGGCGCAUAGUGCCUAUGCCGACGUCAAGGAUUGGAUUCUGGACACUUGGACCGACAGCCAGCUGAAGGCCUUCUGCGAUCGCCAUGGCAUUCCAGUUCCCCAGCCUCGUAAGCGCGACACUCUUCUCCAGAAAGUCCGAGAGAACUACGAAGCCGUCGCCCAGAAGGUGGGAGAAACGGCUGCCUACCCUGGCAACUGGCUAUAUGAGACUUGGACCGAAUCCGACUUGAAAGAGUGGCUCGACACCCAUGGCAUCCCCGCGCCCCAGCCGACUACUCGCGACAAGCUCAUUGCCACGGUCCGCCGCAACUCCCGCCUGGCCUACUUGCGCAUGCAGGAGCAGACCGAGAGAAGCCGCAAGAGCUCGCAGGAAGCUUACAACGCCCUCACUGACAAGCUGAUUGACUCGUGGAGUGAGUCUCAACUCAAGGAAUUCUGCGACAAGAACGGCAUCAAUGUUCCCCAAGGCACUAAGCUCAACCACCUUCGGGCUCUUGUCCGCAAGCAUCGCGCGGAGAUUCUGGGCGACACUGUUUCGGGCACCGUUGCAUCUGCCUUCGGUGCCGCAACCUCCAGCGUUGGCUCGGCUGCGUCAAAGGCAACCGAUGUUGCCUCUCAGACUGCUCAGCAGGCUUUUGACAAGGCUGUGAACAGCUGGUCUGACAGCCGCCUGAAGGGUUUCUUGGAUGCUCGUGGAGUGCCCGUCCCCCAAGGCACGAAGACCGAGGAGCUCCGCGCCCUCGUGCGCAAGCACGCUCACCGCGCCGCAAGCGGCUGGAACGCCUGGACAUGGAAAGAUCUUUCCCUGGAGAACCUGCGCAGCUACCUCGCCUCGAGCGGCAAUGCCGCGGCCAAGAAGGUCGCCGACAAGUCAACGGCUACCCGGGAAGAGCUUGUCGAGGCUGCCCAGUCGGCUUACGCCUCGGCCUCGUCCGCCGGCGGCUCCAAUUACGCAUCCGCCACCUCCUACCUUUCCCGCGCGACCGACACCGCCAAGGCAAGCGUCUUUGAGACCUGGAGUGAGAGCGAACUCAAGGACUACCUGGACAGCUACGGCAUUCCCGCGCCGCAGGGGUCGACGCUGAAUGAGCUUCGCGCGCUCGCGCGCCGCCAGCACAUGUAUUUCAAGUACGGCACCACUACGCCCACCGAGACCAUCUACGCCCGGCUCAGGGACGGCGUGGUGGGUACGUGGGACUGGGUCGCCAGUCAGCUGCGGAUUGGUGGUGAUGCCGCGCGGCAGAAGGCUGAUGAGGCUGCUCAAAUGACGGAGAACGUAAAGGAGAAGGCCAAGGAGCAGGUUGGUGCGGGCAAGACGAAGGCGCAUAAGGAGCUCUGAGUCUUGGCCCAACCUUACCAGAUCGUUCCCUGGCCGGAAAGACAAUGAAGCUACGAGACGUGACUGCGGUCAGGGGCUUGGUAAACCAGAAAGUGUAUGAUAGCCCUUACGGAAAAGGGGUAGGCGAUCCGGGAGGGAUGUGGACAGGUGUUUACGUGAUUGACAGUUUAGGGGAUCCGGGAUGAAAAUUGCUUCAGGCACUGGGGGUGGUUGCUGCUCCAUCUCGUCUGCCUUUGUGCGCAGGGGGGAGAGCAAGGGGAAGGGAAAGAUCACGUUUCCUUACGAGUUAGGUUGUUCGUUGAUUUUACUCGAGCAUUUUGGUCAUAAAGUCCUCAGCAGGGACCAGUGAUCAUGUGAUAAUCGUAUCGAGGUGGGUUGAUACCAUUCCCAACGAGCGAGCAACAGACUUCGCUCCCGACCCAACGCUAGACUCAACUGUAGACUUUGAACGUGUAGUAUUUGCGCCUCCGCA